AACAACAAACGCACCACUCCCCCAAUGACCUCGCCCUCCCUGUUAUGAAACACCUACAUUUUGACCAUUUUGUAAUUUCUAUCCAGGAAAAACGAUAAAUACAUAGCUAGUACAUUGACACACCAGUGAUUUAGAAGAAGCUUUGAACAUCAAGUAUUGAAUGAGAAGGACUUUAGGACUGGUCAGAAACCUCCCACAAUGCUGAAAACAAUUGGGCAAGCUAUUUUUUCGACUACUUUGCAGAAUCCAAAGUUUACACCUAACGAGGAGAAUAAGGCUCCUGACUAUGAGGUCCGUACCUAUCAGACAACCAACUGGAUAAGCACUACUCUGACUGGUAUGGAGCAGCAGGCUGCGAUAAGCACUGGGUUCCGACGCCUGUUCAGCUACAUCCAGGGCAACAACCACAACAAGGAGAACGUGGAGAUGACAGCUCCAGUGACGUGUCUGGUGGACCCUGGGGCUGGCCCGGCCUGUGAGACCACCUUCACAGUGUCCUUCUAUAUCCCAGAGGAGCACCAAGCCGCCCCACCCCUGCCCAGCGACCCAGAAGUCUUCCUGGAGAACAGAAAGGAGUUCACUGUGUUUGUCAGGACGUAUGGGGGUUUCACCAACAUGCAGAAGAGUCGUGAGGAGCUUCUGAAUCUGCUAGAGAGCCUCCAGAGGGACGGGGCACGCUACAAGGACAUGCCCUACUACGUCUGUGGCUAUGACAGCCCCUUCAAACUAGUCAACCGCAGAAAUGAGGUCUGGAUCCUCCAGAAGACAGAGCCAUAGUAACAGUUCAAAGGGGUCCCUACCUUUCUCCUCGAAGUAUGCACUUGAACACUCAUUUAUUUAGAAGUAUUGGAUUGGUGUAGGCAUGGACGACCAGAUACACUUUAUAUCAGUGGAGGCUGCUGAGAGGAGGAUGGCUCAUAAUAAUGGGUUGAUCAGAGCAAAUGGAAUGGCAUCAAACACAUGGAAACCAUGAUGUGGUUCCGCUCCAGCCACUACCAUGAGCCCAUCCUCCCCAAUUAAGGUGCCAGCAACCUCCUGUGCUAUAUAUACAAAAGUAUGUGGACACCCCUUCAAAUUAGUGGAUUCAGCUAUUUCAGCUACACCCGUUGCUGACAGGUGUAUAAAAUCGAGCACACAGCCAUGCAAUCUACAUAGACAAACAUUGGCAGUAGAAUGGCCUUACUGAAGAGCUCAGUUGACUUUCAAUGUGGCACCGUCAUAGGAUGCCACCUUUCCAAGUCAGUUAGUCAAAUUUCUUCCCUGCUAGAGCUGCCCCAGUCAACUGUAAAUGCUGUUAUUGUGAAAUGGAAACGUCUAGGAGCAACAUGGCUCAGCUGCGAAGUGGUGGGCAACAAGCUCACAGAACGGGACCCCCGAGUGCUGAAGCGCGUAAAAAUCAUCUGUCCUCGGUUGCAAGACUCAUUUACAAACUACCUCUGCAAGUAACGUCAGCACAAUAACUGUUUGUCGGGAGCUUUAUGAAAUGGGUUUCCGUGGCUGAGCAACCGCACACAAGCCUAAGAUCACCAUGCGCAAUACCAAGUGUCGGUUGGAGUGGUGUAAAGCUCACCGCCAUUGGACUGGAGCAGUGGAAACGUGUUCUCUGGAGUAAUGAAUCACGCUUCACCAUCUGAUCCAACGGAAUAAUCUGGGUUUGGAGGAUGUCAGGAGAAUGCUACCUGCCCGAAUGCAUAGUGCUAACUGUAAAGUUUGGUGGAGGGGAAUAAUGGUCUGGGGCUGUUUUUCAUGGUUUGGGCUAAGCCCCUUAGUUCCAUUGAAGGGAUGAUGGGAAAUCUUAACAAAUAACAGCUACAUUCUAGACAAUUCUGUGCUUCCUACUUUGUGGCAACAGUUUUGGGAAGGCACAUUCCUGUUUCAGCAACAAAAUGAGGUCCAUACAGAUGGUUUGUUGAGAUCGAUGUGGAAGAACUUGACUGGCCUGCACUAAGCCCUGACCUAAACCCCAUCGAACACCUUUGGAAUGAACUGGAAUACCCACUGCGAGCCAGGCAUAAUCUCCCAACAUCAGUGCCCGACCUCACAAAUGCUCUUGUGGCUGAAUGAAGUCCCCGCAGCAAUAUUCCAACGUUAAGUGGAAAUCCUUCCCAGAAGAGUGGAGGCUGAUACAACAGCAAGGGGGGAGCAACUCUACUAAUGCCCAUGAUUUUGGAAUGAGAUGAUUGAUGAGCAGGUGUCCACAUACUUUUGGUCAUGUAGUGUAGCUAUCUUAAAACAGUCUUAUUAAUUUUCAUUCCGUGAGGGGGAGUCAACUGGUGCACACGUUGGGGAGGAAGGUAAGGAACUGAACAGAAUAGCACCCAUUCCCACUAUGAUUAGAAAAAGAUAUGCAGCUUUUUGAAGCAUAAUCACAAGUGCCUAAGCAAUGUCUGUGACCUUUUGUAAUAAUGAUAGUACAGUAAUAACCUUUCUGUUGAUAUUUAAAGAAACUAAGAGACAGAUGUCAAGGAGCUUUUUAGAUGCUCUUAAUAUUCAGGUCACUGAAGGGACUGAUGAUAUACUGUAGCUGCUAUUUGAGACUCCUUUCUACUACAUUGUAUACUACAAGGGACUUCAAAAAUAAUUUAACUCCAUUCUGUUAGAUGCUGGCAUGACAAGCACCUAUAUAAGCUAACAUUAGCACUUCUUCAGAAAAUUAAAUAUACAGGGAAGACCUUUGAACUUUGACACUGAAUUCCUGACUCACUUAACUUUUUUUUUUUUAAGCUUCUCAACUUUUGUGCUCUUUUACUUUGUACUUUUCAUUGUAGAGGCCUUGCAUAUUCAAACUGCUAAUUAAUGGUGGCAACUAUGUCCAUUUUACGGAGGACUUGGCAGUGUGGCUUAGCUCUGAGUGCUGUGUUGUAUGACUAGACAUGCUUAUGGACUAUUGCUGAACUAUGGAUUACUGUGAGAAAGUCUCAAUGAUGAUGUGAAAAUGUAAUGUGUGUCUGCAUCUUGUCCCCCCCCCCCCCAAAAAAAAUGACACAUUUGUUGGGAUAUUAUGAUGUAAACUGAUAUUAGGUUGUGAAAGGGACAGAAGCUGGAUCAAUGGAAAAAUGUAUUAUACACUGUGUAGUAAACAUUAGGAACACCUGCUCUUUCCUUGACAGACUGAUCAAACUUUAUUUGUCACAUGCGCCGAAUACGACAAGUAUAGACUUUACCGUGAAAUGCUUACUUACAAGCCCUUAACCAACAGUGUAGACUUUACCGUGAAAUGCUUACUUACAAGCCCUUAACUCUUCUUGAAAUUCACUGUUGGUUAAGAAAAUAUUGACCAAGUAGACUAAAAUAAAAAGUAACACAAUAAGAAUAACAAUAACGUGGCUAAAUACAGGGGGCACCGGUACCGAGUCAGUGUGCGGGGGUACACGUUAGUUGAGGUAAUUUGCAGGUGGGGGUGAAGUGACUAUGCAUAGAUAAACAGCGAGUAGCAGCAGUGUACAAAAAGGGAGGGGUUGAUGUAAAUUGUCCGGUGGUGAUUUUAGUAAUUGUUCAGCAGUCUUAUAGCUUGGGGGUAGAAGCUGUUGAGCCUUUUGGUCCUAGAUUUGGCGCUCCGGUACUGCUUGCUGUGCGGUAGAAGAGAAAACAGUCUCUGAUCUGGUGAAAGCUAUGAUUCCUUAUUGAUGUAACCUGUUAAAUCCACUUCAAAUAGUUUAGAUGAAGGGGAGGAGAUGGGUUAAAGAAGGCAUUUUAAGACUUGAAACAAUGGAUUGUAUAUGUGUGCCAAUGAGGGUGAAUGGGAAAGAAAAUAUUUAAGUGCCUUUGAACGGGGUAUGGUAGUAGAUGUCAGGUGCACUGGUUUCUGUCAAGAACUGCAACGCUGCUGGUUUUUCACGCCCAACACUUUCCCCUGUGUCUCAAGAAUGGUCCACCACCCAAAGGACAUCAGGCCAAAUUGACACAACUGUGGGAAGGAUUGGAGUCAACAUCCUUGUGAAUUGAGGCAGGAUGGUGUUUCUUAUGUUUUGUAUACAGUGUAUAUUGUGUUACAUUCUUUACUAUGAUUUAUUCAAAGAAGGAAUACUUUUCACUAUUACAUGAUUGUGGAUGUAUAAUGUCUUAAUUUAUGUACUAUUUUACAAUCAAUGUGUAUGUAAAACGUGAUUAAAUACAUUUAAAAUGUCUA